AUGGCCGACGAUAGCUCCCUAGAUUACAAAUCGCUCUCCCUGAAAGCAGGGGAAAGACGCAAACAGGUUGAAAAUGAAGGCAGGCAAGACAAAGAGCGCAACCGACGAACCACUUUUAUGGAAUUCGCGGUUCUGCUUCGAUGGUCAGCCUGCCUUCGGUGCAGCUCUGACACCGCCCAUAACAAGCGACGAUCAAGACUUAUGCCAUGCUUUUGUAUAGUAUUCCACCCCAACUUUGAUACUCUGUUUGCUACGCAGUAG